GUAUUUCCAUUCAUCUCCCUUCUUGGCAGGAAUCAGCUGCAGGCAGGAUGGCAGAGAAGAAGAUGUCGCUGAGCCGGAGGAAUCACCUCAAGAGUCUGCUGCUGCAGAUCGGCCAGUCGAUGCUGGAGGAGGAGGCUCAGGACACUGAGAGGGAGAAGAUGAAGUACAUAGACGAGCGCUGCCCCCGGCUGUUCAUCCCUGCUGGCUGCACACAGGACCUGCAGGAGCUCUGUCGGAAACUUCACAAGCAGAUUGAUUUGGUGGACGAGGAGCGAUACGACACGGCGAUCAAAGUGACAAAAUCCAACAAGGAGAUCGAUGACCUGAAGGUGAUGGUUCAGGAUCUGAAGGGGAAGUUUAAGAAACCGGCCCUGAAGAGGGUGCGGAUGUCGGCCGACGCCAUGCUGGCCGCCCUGCUGGGCUCCAAACAUAAAGUGUCCUUGGACCUGAGAGCAAACCUGAAGCAGGUUAAGAAGGAGGUGAAGGAGGAGGAGAAGCAGACGGGCGACUGGAGGAAGACCAUCGAAGACAAGUCCGGGAUGGACGGCAGGAAGAAGAUGUUUGAGACAGAGGCUUAAAUGUCAACGUGUUGUUCUGCUGUUGAUCAGCAGCGUUUGUUUCUGUCUGUUCUGUGAGCCCACACUGUUGUUAGGCUGUGCAAAUGAUGAAUCAUUUGUAUGUGUUUAAUGCCAACAACUGGGUAAACAAAGAAAUAGGAAAUGAUUCACAUGGUCUAUCAAAAUUAAGUCACUUCAUGUCUACACGUGGUAACAAUGAACAGAAAUGCAAAAAUGGAGUAAAAUAAAGUUUAAAAAUAGGAA